GAGGCUGCCAUGUCCCAGGAUUGCAACAACGAGUGGGAGCUGCACAAAGAGAAUGUGCAGCCCCUCCGUCAGGGGCGGGUCAUGGCCACCCUUCAGGAAGCCCUGGCUCAGCAAGAGACCUCUACCCACACCACUCUUCAGCUCAAAAAACAGGAAUUUGAAUCAGAAAUCCGAUUUUACUCUGGAGAUGAUCCACUGGAUGUCUGGGACCGGUACAUCAAGUGGACAGAGCAGACCUUCCCCCAGGGUGGAAAGGAGAGCAAUCUUGCUGCAAUCCUGGAAAGGGCAGUGAAAGCUUUCCAUGAACAGCAGAGAUACUACAAAGAUCCUCGCUUUCUUAACCUCUGGCUCAAGUUUGCAAAUUACUGUACUGAGCCCUUGGAUGUGUACAGUUACCUACAUAGCCAGGAGAUUGGUACAACACUGGCACUGCUCUACAUCACCUGGGCAGAAGUACUUGAGGCUAGAGGAAGUUUUAGGAAGGCAGAUCUGAUAUUGCAGGAAGGUCUUCAGCGCAAGGCUGAGCCUUUGGACAGACUCCAGUCCUACCACCGGCAGUUUCAGACCCGUGUUUCUCGGCAGACGCUACUGGGGCUUGAGGAAACUCCUGAGAAGGACACAGAUCUUCUGGAAGCUGCAGAACCCCAGAGAAGUUCCUUGGCAGAUUUGAAAGGCAGGGGCAAGAAAAAAAUGAAAGCCCCAGUUGGUCGUGUAGGAGAUGCACUGAAAUCCAUCAACCAAACAAGAAGCACCCAGGCUCUAACUUCUCAGCAGCUUUCAAAUAAUCCUGGUUUUGCUGUGUUUGAUGAAAAUUCAGCUUCUGGACCUGAGAUUCCUGUGAUUACACCACAGCCUUGGGCAGCACCUCCAGUUCCACGGGCCAAGGAGAAUGAACUAAGUGCAGGACCAUGGAACUCUGGCAGGCGUCCUCGCAGUGGGGCAAGGUCUACGGUAGAAGUCCCCUACCCACAGCCCAAUUUCACCCUGUACGUGGAUGAGUCAGCUCAGCAGCAAGUCAUGACUCCUUGCAAAAUUGAACCCAGCAUAAACCGUGUCUUGAGUGCUCACAAACCUGAGAAAGAGGAGGACCCACUCCAGAGAGUGCAAAAUCAGCAGCAGGAGAUUCAAGAAAAUAAAGAGGUGGUGAUGUACUGUAAAGAGAAAGUUUAUGCUGGAGUUGAUGAAUUCUCUUUCGAAGAGAUCCGAGCUGAAAUCUACAGAAAAAGAGCAAAACUGAAAGCUGAAGAGGAGAUGCAGGCCAUAGCUCAGAAGAAGGAGGAAUUACAGAAGAAAAUUGAGGAGAUGGAGAAGAAUUUAAAGAAAAUGAUUGCUGAGUGGCAACUACCACCUGAACAGGCAGCAGCAGUUCUAACAGGAGCUUUUUCACUGCCUGUGGAACUGCAAAGAUGCACUCCUUCCAAUGCAACAGAAGUUGAGGACAAACAGUCCCAGUUGAAAAGCGAAGUCCAGGUCUUCGAAGAUACUCUGCUCCAUAAAACAUCUUCUGAGGAGGUUAGCCAGUCUCCUGAUGAAUGCUCGGAUGCACAAAUUGAUAAUGUGUUUUUAAACUCGGAGGAGGAACAGCAAAAUGAGGCUGGACUUGGGAAAAAAGCUCUCUCUUACCUACCUGGUCAGGACAAGCCUUUCACCAUAUUUGAUGAAUCCUCUACUUUGGAAAAUCAGAGUGUAAGUUGUUCUGCAGAUCACACAAGGGAAAGUGCCCGGCGCCCUCUUGCUGUUCGUAAACCUUCAGAAUCUCUUACUGCAAAGGAAAACAUCCCACCAGAAGCCUGUGAAGAGCUGAAUGCAAUUGAACCUUUGACUGAAGAUGCAAUAGUGACAGGCUCCUACAAGUACAAAAGCUUUUGUGCCAACCCGGAAGACACGUGUGACUUCGCUCGGGCUGCCCAUCUGGCCUCAACACCCUUUCAUGGGGUGGCAGCUCAGAGAGUCCCAGCUCCUCUUUCACAGAGGGACCUGAAGGAAAACAGCCCAGAAUCUAUGAGUGCACCUUUGAACCAGGUCACAACAGUUUGUGAGGCUCUCUGUGUAAAUAAGCUGAGCCCCAUUAUGGAAGCAAGCCUGGAAGAUACUCACUCAACAGGUUCUUCUGUCUCCUCGGGAUCUUCUCUUUCCACUGUUACACAAACAUCCACCAUUAAAUGCCUGCCUAUCCCUGAGAAACUGGAACUUGCCCAGAGCUUGCCUGCUGAUUCUGGAGGUAUCAGUGAAAAUAUUACUGGUGAUGUAACUCGCUUCCUGUGGAGUGCUGAACAACGUAUGAAGCUGUUAGAUCCUCUGCCAGCACUGUUGACUGCUGCUCCACAUUUUCAUCUCAAGACUGGUGCUCUGCCUGCCAUGGAGGUGGAGGAGGACAUUGAGCUUGGAAAUGAGACUUACUGUAUCAAAAGGGAAUACUGGACCAGUGAAGAGUACAAGAUGAUUUUUGCCAUUUCAGCUGAUUCUCACCUGCUGCAUACAAAGGGGUUUGUCAUAAAGGUGUAUUCUCAGCCCGUGCCUUGGGAUUUUUAUGUCACGCUUGAGUUACAGAAGCGUCUGAAUGCUGACUUUGACGAAAGCUUCAGUGAGAACUGCAGCUGCUUCUUGUAUCAGGAUGGCUGCGUCCUUCUGCACAGUGACAUCAACUACUUCACACUGGGGGAUGUUAUUCAUGUCUCCAAAUCCAUCACGGAAGAAAUUAUCCUGCUGGUUGUUCAUGACCUUCUUGUUGUGGUAGAGAAACUCCACAAAGCAGAGAUUGUCCAUGGAGAUCUGAGACCAGAGGUGUUCUUUCUGGGAGACAGGAUCUGUGAUCCCUUUGCUAAUAAUGUGUCAAAAGCUCUGAAGAUAGUGGAUUUCUCUCACAGCCUGGAUUUGAGAUUGCAGUCUCAAGUAAGUUUGCUGAACAGCUUUCCCAUAGUUCAGACUCCUCAUGGACAGCAGCUUCUGGCAGAGAGUUCUCUUCCAUAUCAGGUUGACUUGGUUGGGAUUGCAGAUAUAAUCCAUUUGCUGCUGUUUGGGGAUCACAUCCAGGUUUAUCAAGAGAAUUCCCUCUGGAAAAUCAGCCAAAAUAUAUCCAAGGCUCGUGACAGUGAUUUCUGGAGUAAACUUUUGGGGAGAAUUCUGAAUGCAGAUGGUAAGUCCACAGUGCCUCUGCUGAAGGAGCUAAGAGAGGAAAUAAGUGACAUGUUUGACAGCUGCUUUCAAGAACGUCUUAUGUACUCCUUAAUGGCACUGGGACAAACUUUGCUUGUGGAGGACUUUGUGUGA